AUGAGCGGACAGGCAGCCAGCUACUACAAUCCCAACCAGGCCUUCGAGGAGCGUCAGCCUGCGUACCAGAAUCCACAACCUGGUUACCAGAACGGCUUCCAACCAAACCCUACCCAAUACCGAUACAAUAAUGGCAAUGGUCCUGAACCGAAGCCGCCGCAGGAGUCGCCCCCGACCUACAACCAGGCGGUGUACGGCUUCGACGACGCCUUCAAGGUUGAGAAGCCCAGGUUUCAUGAUCUUUGGGCGGGUCUUCUGUUGAUCGCCGUCUUUCUAGGAUACGUCGCCGUCUCCGGACUCUCGAUCUACCGCUAUUCGAAGUACAAAGGCUUCAAUGGAACCGGAAUCUACGACUCGUCGAACAGCGUCUCGCUCGACACUAACACUAUCGUGCUGUUCAUUUUCGUCUUAUGCGUGGCACUCGCAUUCUCUUGGGGCUACUUUCUCGCCGCAAGACACCUCCCAAAGUUCUUCAUCUGGGCCACCGGCAUCCUCAACAUCGUCUUCGCCCUCGCAACCGGAAUCUACUACAUCGCUAGAAAGCAGUAUGGCGGCGGCAUCGCCUUCCUCAUCUUCGGCGUCUUCGCCAUAAUCUGUUUCAUCAGCUGGAUUCCCCGCAUCCCAUUCACGGCCUUCAUGCUGCAGACUGCAAUGGACAUUUCGCGGAGAUAUGGCCACAUGUUCGUCGUCAGCGCAAUCGGUGAGAUCGUCUCGGUUGCCUUCGCAGCCUGGUUCUCCGUCACUCUUGUAUCAAUCUACGUCGCCUUCGAACCAGGAAGCGAGGCCACCAAUCCUUCCUGCGCAAACGGCGGCUGCAGCCGCGCCCGGGUCAUUGGCCUCGUCGUUUACGUCACUUUCGCCAUGUACUGGUUCAGCGAAUUCAUCAAGAACACCGUGCACACGACCAUCGCUGGAGUCUACGGGUCCUGGUACUUCUUCAGCAACUCGCCGAACGGCAUGCCCGCGCACGCAACCCGUGGCGCGUUCAAACGCGCGACAACCUACUCCUUCGGCAGUAUCAGUUUCGGCAGCCUGAUCAUUGCAAUCAUCAAUUUCCUCCGGCAGAUGUGCUCAGUCGCGCAGCGCCAUGAAGCCGCCGAGGGUAAUGUCCUCGGGAGCAUCAUGUUCUGGAUUCUUGGCUGCUUCAUCUCCCUGCUCGACUGGCUGGUUACAUUCUUCAACCGCUACGCAUUCUGCCACAUCGCGCUGUACGGAAAGGCCUAUAUCCCCUCCGCGAAGGAUACCUGGGCGAUGAUGAAGGACCGCGGUAUCGACGCCCUCGUGACAGACUGCCUGAUUGGGCCGGUAAUCUCCAUGGGCUCGGUAUUUGUCUCGUACGUCUGUGCGCUGCUCGCGUACCUGUAUCUGCAGUUCACGAACCCAGGGUAUAACUCCGACGGGGACUUCACCGCCGUUAUCAUGGCGUUCUCAUUUGUCAUUGGGUUGCAGAUCUGCCAGAUCCUCAUGACGCCUGUGAGCAGUGGGAUUGAGACGAUCUUCUCGGCGAUGGCGUGGGAUCCUCAGGUUCUCAUGACACAGCAUCCGGAUCUGUAUCAGCGGAUGGUGCACUUGUAUCCGAAGGUGCAACAGGCUAUUCACACCUAG